CCAAAACUUGUGGAGAUCCCGCGCGCACUGCAAAUUCUAGAUGUGCAAUCUAUCAAAUCUGUUGGGACAUUGAAAUAUCUCAAACAUCAGUGUCCUAGAAAAAAAGGCCCCUCCUCACUUUCCUCAGCCUUUCAUCUCCCCCACGAUACGAUCCCACCGCCCGCGAUCUCUGCACCUCCACUCCACCGCACUCGCCAAAACUCGAGAGCUCGACAAGAGCUCUCAACCUUGCCUGCGACACGCCUGCACAGCCUUUGCGAGCCGCCCACGACCACGCAGAAAGCGGAAGGUAGGUAGGUAGAGGCUAGGCGUGCGGCCGGGUUGCACAAACUUUUCUAGUCAAACUCGUCGCCGAAGUAGUAAACAGUGACCUGACGGAUGAGGAUGAGAUCCGGGGUUGCACUUGUCCAUUGGAGAAUCUGACCAAAUACAACACAACGUCCACUGGAUCUCCUCACCUGUUUUACAAGCCUCUCUCGACGGCACUCAUGCUCGCGGUUCAGCGUCCCAGCAUGGGUUCGUCGAAACCACCGAACCUUGAAAUGCCCUUUGGCUAUUCAUUCGACACCUCCACCUCGCACUUCCCCAUUCCCUCACCUACCGCACCUGCUCCGGGACCUUCACUUCUCGACGAUAAUGAAUCCAAGUUUCUGGACAGUUUUUUCGAUGGCGUGAGCAAUGAUCACUUCAACUACGACUUCUUCAAUACUGCCCCCGAUGGUUCCGAGCUUGGGAUGGGAUGGGAUGAAUUACCACCGACAUUUAUGGGCACUACUUCGUCAUUUGGACAACAAUCCCAACAGGCUGGAAAUCAUGGGUUACCAGCUAUGAACUACAACGAGAUGAACCCCCCACCAAAUGCUGGUCCAUCAAUACCAUCUUCAACAACCGCAGAUGUUAUUGCAGCAGCAACUUUACUACAAAACGGAUCUAACGGACGGUCACAGAGCCUGAGUGAUGGGACAAUGUUCCGACACAAUCCGCCAGCUACACCUACGAGCCAGCCUAGAGCUAUGUCAAUGUCCCAACAAAUACCAACCCGACCACAACCCUUCCAACAAAGGUCCAAUUCAGACGAUUACAUGCGAGAUAAUUUCUACACAGAAAUGGUAUUCGGGCCUCAAUCCGACGGGUCCAUGAGGCAAAGAGGUGUACCGCAAAAAGUCGACAUUAGGUGGGGUUCUGAUGCAGGUUUUGCCAGCCCUCAAGGCUUCGUUGCACCCGCCGUCCAAGACGAUGUAGCUGCUGUAGAACGAUCACAUAUGCACGCCAUAGAACAGGCAUUCGCCAUCAUCCCCGCCCAAAUAUCAAGCAGCGCGGAAACAACACGUCCAUCAAGUCCGGCUCGGCUCCAUGAAACCAAUUCGAAUUCUAAAUCCCAUCAAAGAACUAAAUCGAUCGUGAAAGAAGAAGAAGAUGACGAUGACCAGGACUCCAGACCUCGGAAACGCAGGAAAAACAAAGCACCAACUACCGACGACGCAGAUGAAGAUGAUAACGAGUCUCCAAUUUCCUCACACCCCAAGCAACAAAACACCAAGAAGCGGAAAUCUUUGAAGAAAGGAAUCAGCGAUUCUCCCACCGCCGACCAAGAAUCCGGGCAUAAACGACGAAAGUCCACCGGUGCAGCGAUUAAGCCCACACGUGAGAAUCUCACCGAAGAUCAGAAACGAGAAAACCACAUCAAGAGUGAACAGAAACGGAGAACGCUAAUCAGAGAAGGGUUCGAGGAUCUGGGAGAGUUGGUACCAGGGCUAAGGGGCGGAGGGUUCAGUAAGAGUGCUGUGUUGAUUAUGGCUGCAGAUUGGUUGGAGGAAUUGAUUCAAGGGAAUGAAGUGCUGCAGGCCAGAUUGGAUCAGAUGGAGGGUAGGGGAUGAAUGAAGCGGGUUGAAAAGUGAUUGAUACCAUCAACACAACUUUAUGGCGAUGAAUUACGGCGAAAUGGGCUCGGAUGGGUUGUACGGAGUAUUGUCAUGGGAUAUAAGCUUGGGAUUGAUUUCAAAUUCACGGAUCGUGGGGAUCGGUAAGGACACCCAACAUAAGACCUCUCAAUAUCUGGGUUUGGGGGGCGGGACAUUUGCAAAUUUGCAAGAUUCGCUGGGAGGCUGGCUUAGCAUGGUCUUUUAUCAUCGUCCUUGGGGCGUGCUUGUCUUAUACAUGCUCAAUGCACAUAUGCUAAUGCUCAAUAUACACUGGACCUCUAUUCUGUUGCCUCC